AUGGAUAUGUAUCGUACGCCAAGUGUUGCCAGCUUAUUUUCUACUUCACUGCCCAUCCUUCCACAUGAGAAAUGUAACCUUAAUGAUACUGGUCAAGGUGGUCAGCCGUAUGACGUUAACUUUCCAAGUCUUUGCAAACUACGACUAACGAAUGAAUCAAAGGACCCAUCUGAAGAUAUCGAUCCAAACACGAUAGGAAGCUUUCUCCCUGGUGACGAAAACGAACUCUUGGCUGGUCUAGUCGACGAUUUCGAUUUCAGUGGUUUGCCAACUCAGCUCGAGGAUUUGGAUGAUGAUUUUUUUGGGAGCGGAGGAGGUCUAGAAAUUGAACCAGAGAACGACUUAUCGAGAAGUGUUGCUGACAGUUUUAGUGGCAACAGCAUUUCUCAUUAUGGUUUUAUGAAUGGUUUGGGGCCAGUUAGCGGCGAACAUCCAUAUGGGGAGCACCCCUCAAGGACGCUGUUUGUUCGUAAUAUCAACAGUAAUGUGGAAGACUCUGAACUCAGGUCUCUUUUCGAGCAAUAUGGAGAUAUCAGAACUCUUUACACUGCAUGUAAGCACAGGGGAUUCGUAAUGAUAUCUUACUAUGACAUCCGAGCUGCUCGAAUUGCAAUGCGCGCAUUGCAAAAUAAGCCCUUGAGAAGAAGAAAGCUUGACAUUCAUUUUUCUAUUCCAAAGGACAACCCAUCUGAAAAGGAUAUUAAUCAAGGAACUUUGGUGGUUUUCAAUUUGGAUGCUUCUGUAUCCAAUGAUGAUCUUCGCCAAAUAUUUGGAACUUAUGGAGAAAUUAAGGAGAUAAGAGAAACACCACAUAAACGGCACCAUAAAUUCAUUGAGUUUUAUGAUGUUAGAGCUGCAGAGGCAGCUCUCAAGGCUUUAAAUAGAAGUGAUAUAGCUGGGAAGCGCAUAAAGCUUGAACCUAGCCGGCCAGGUGGAGCCCGCCGGAGCUUGCUUUUGCAACUGAGUCAAGAGCAAGAGCCAGAUGAAGCUCGAGCUGUACGCCAUCAAGUUGGUUCCCCUGUAGCCAACUCUCCUCCCGGCGUUCUAAUUGAUGGUAGCUGGCAUAAAUUUGGCAGUCCAGUCGAGCAGAACUCCUUGCAUGGAUAUUCCCAGACGCCUAAUUUAGCACUCAGUCCCGUAGGAAGUAAUCACUUGCCCGGUUUGGCCUCUAUUCUUCCUUCUCAUAUACAGAGUCACGUGAAGAUUGCACCCAUUGGCAAAGAUCUCACGAGGGCGGGCCACCACACAAGCUACAUUGACAAUAUGGCUAAUAUGAAUCAUGGGCCGGCCCGUUUUUCAGUUCCCAGUCCCACUUUGAGCUCAAGCCCAAGACCCGUCUCGUCGUUUAGUGAUUCGAAGCCGUCGAGUGUUGGAACACUUUCUGGUCCACAGUUCCUAUGGGGCAGUCCCUCUGUUCCUUCGGACCAAACUAAUUCGUCCGCAUGGUCUUCCUCGAUUAAGGGUCGACCGUUUACAUCCAAGGGACAGAGAUUAAUCAGUUUUCCUUACACUAGUCAGAAUAGCCCGUUUCUUGGUUCUCAUCAUCAUCAUCAAGUGGGGUCAGCUCCAUCUGGUGUUCAGAUCGAAAGACAUUUUGGCUUUUUCCCAGGAUCACCUGAAACAUCUUUCGUGAAAAAUUUUGGAGUUACAAAUUUCGGUCACAGCAAUGGAAAUAAUGGUUUAACAAAUUUGGGAGUUGCUUUUGCCGGGAGCUUUGGUGAAAGCGGUUCUCCUAGCUCUCGCAUGAUGCCGAUUCUGAGAAAUGGGCCUUUGUACUUUGGGAAUGACUCAUUUGGGAGCAUGGGUGAUGGGUUACUUGACCGCGGUCGAGGUAGAAGGACUGGCGGUGGAGUUCAUACAGAUAACAUGAGGCACUAUCAACUUGAUUUGGAGAAGAUUGCAAAUGGGGAAGAUAGUAGGACUACUUUGAUGAUUAAAAACAUCCCGAACAAGUACACUUCAAAGAUGCUGCUUGUGGCUAUUGAUGAAACUCACAGUGGAACAUAUGAUUUUCUGUAUUUACCAAUAGACUUUAAGAAUAAGUGCAAUGUUGGGUACGCCUUCAUCAACAUGGUGUCGCCUUCUCACAUCGUCACCUUUUAUGAGGCAUUUAACGGGAAGAAGUGGGAGAAGUUCAAUAGCGAGAAAGUUGCUUCAUUGGCGUACGCGAGAAUCCAGGGAAAAAAUGCCCUUAUUUCCCAUUUUCAGAAUUCGAGUUUAAUGAAUGAGGAUAAGCGAUGCCGACCAAUUGUAUUCCGAUCAGAGGGCCAAGAGAUUGGCGAUCUGGAACCUCUCCCAUCUGGAAAUCUGAACAUAUUUAUCCGCCAGCCGGAUGGAUCCUACGCAGGAGAUUCUCUCGACAGCCCAACCGGUGAACCAGAUGAGAUGUGA